ACCAGUUCCUGCUAUUCUACCCUCUUUCUCAAAUCAGAUUCGCCAGCUCAUCAUGGCUGCCACUUUCUUCAACAAUAAAGCCCGAGCUGCAGCGGUCGCAGCGGGCGGCUCCAAGCAGAAGCCGACAGAUGGCAAAGAGGAGCAAACGCAGUACCAGCCAUGGGUAGAGAAAUAUCGACCCAAAACGCUCGGUGAUGUUGCCGCCCAAGACCACACCACGAAGGUUCUCCAACGAACACUUCAAGCCUCCAACCUCCCUCACAUGCUCUUCUAUGGCCCUCCCGGUACAGGAAAAACGUCCACGAUCCUCGCCCUCGCGAAAUCACUCUUUGGCCCGGCCCUCUACCGCUCCCGUAUCCUCGAGUUGAACGCCUCCGACGAGCGAGGAAUUGGCAUUGUUCGCGAAAAGGUCAAGGGCUUCGCGCGGACGCAGUUGAGCCAGCCGACCGGGGUGAGCAAAGAAUACUUCGAGCAGUACCCGUGUCCCCCGUUCAAGAUCAUCAUCUUGGACGAGGCCGACAGCAUGACGCAGGAUGCCCAGUCUGCGCUCCGUCGCACAAUGGAACAGUACAGCCGCAUCACCCGUUUCUGCCUGGUGUGCAACUAUGUCACGCGCAUCAUCGAGCCGCUUGCUAGUCGAUGCAGCAAGUUCCGCUUCAAGUCGCUGGAUAAUACCGCUGCCAGCGACCGGUUGGAGCAUAUUGCGAAACUGGAGAACCUUAACUUGGAGGAUGGUGUGAUCAGCAAGCUGAUCGACUGCAGUGAGGGUGAUCUGCGACGGGCGAUCACGUAUAUGCAGAGCGCUGGCCGGUUGGUCAAUGCGGGCUCGCUGGGUGGCAAGAAGGAUGGGGAUGAAGACGCGGAGAUGACCGAUGCAGGCUCGCGACAAGUAACGGUCCGGAUGAUUGAGGAGAUUGCCGGCGUUAUCCCCGAGGAUGUACUCGAUCGAUUAGUCCAGGCUAUGCAGCCUACUAAGUUUGGGUCUUCCUACGAAGCUGUGGCCAAGGUGGUUACGGAUGUUGUGGCUGAUGGGUGGAGUGCUACGCAGCUGCUUUUGCAGCUGUAUCGACGGGUUGUCUACAAUGACGCGAUCCCCGACAACCAGAAGAACAAGAUCGUCAUGGUGUUCUCGGAGAUGGACAAGCGGUUGUCCGAUGGUGCGGACGAGCACCUUUCGAUUUUGGACGUGGCUGUCAAGAUCUCUGGUAUUCUUGGGGAGUCAUAAGCGUGCGAUUAUAUAGAUGGAGGUGUUUCCACCGCUUCCAUCCUAUUCCUCCCCUUCUCGGCGAUGCUGUCUGGACGCCGACCCUCACCAAGGGAUUGAGGCUCGCGCGACUGGUCGAGCAUGUUGGACGGAGAUAGGCUCCAUAGAGGAAUCCACGUCUUCCUUGCCCAGCCUGUCCACCAUGAGGUACCCAUGUCCGCAUGCCAAUGGAAGCCCGGUUCUGGCUGGAGUGAGUCAGGACCGAGAGUUACGACCGUAUGAAGUUUAAC